AUGACACCAUUCUUCCUUAACGGCAAAAGCCCAAGGGCCAUGCAGCGAGAGCUCUUGACUAACGACUAUCACGGUCGCGAACACUACCAACAAGAUACAAGUAUACAGUCAACUUCAACAGGACUAGGGCGUCGAACACGCAUCGUGCACCCAUCUCCUUUCGGAAGCACCCAAGGCCCGUCCAGCUAUGAGCGCCUCCCAUCAUGGUUCACAUCACGCGGCUCUAUAUACCCGUAUAUUCCCAAGCGUCUUUCAACUUCCAUGUCUGCUGCUGAAAUCGCGCACAGGAGUGUUACUUACGAUCUUUACAACUCACACUUUUCAAUUCACCCUCUUGGAUCAGAAAGAUACAGCAAUCGCUAUACUACAUACUAUCCGGACCGUCAACCUGAGUACCCGCUCGUCCAAAAGAGGAAGAAGAAGAAGAAGGCGGACGAUGCACAUGUGCAGCAGAAAAGGGAUAAGCUAGUGUUUGUGAGGACGAGAGGAAAUAGAGUUGAGGAUCGUGGAUGGAGGAAGACUGAGAAGGAGGUAGAAUGGCUUAGGGGACGGCGCUGGAUGUGA